CGCGCCGCGAUCACAAUGAGCACAACUAUUUAAUUCCCCUCAUUAUUUUUAUCAACUGGUAUCAGUAGCCCUCGUACCAGAAUUUUACCCGUCAAUUUUGCAGUGAUAUUUAUUUUUUUUUAAUGAUUGACUUUGAGAAAAUAAAUCAGCGAGUUGGUGUUUCCAUUUUUGAAAAGAGAUAAAAUUAUUCCAGCGGAAAAUUUGCAAAUAUUCCCAGGCGCUCGGGAUAAUGAGAGAAGUAAUUAUUAUUUCAACGCUCGUUGACUCUCGAUAAUUCGUUUGAAAUCACGGAAUAAUUGGGAGUUAUUUAAAUUGUGGCAGUAAUUGGUAAUUAAGGAUUGUUAGUGCAAUUAUGGCCAUGCAAUGUCUGUGGGAAAAUUGUUGUCUCUGCUGUUGAGUGAUUUCGAGUGGAAAUAAAUUUCGCGUUUUUAAUCCAGGGAAAUAAUAGAACCGCGAAUAUUUGGGGAAUCAUUGGUUUGUGGUGAUUGAAUCAGAAAAUUGAAGAUUGGAAAUAAAUUGAAGUGUGUACGAAGGCGAUAAUUGCCGCUGAACAAAAUAAAAGGUGACAAGCGGUAAAAAUGGAAAUUGCAAGAAAAUUAAAAAAUUGAAUUUUCAAUGGAUGACAAAAAAUUCUAAAAAUUUGAAACGAAAGGGUCGACAUCCUGGAACCUCGUAACAUUCCCAAAAAUCGAUAAUUGCUCGUCUCCGCAAUUAAAACCCCAAAAACCGCUGCAAUUCCCAUAAAAUUCAAUCAUCCGCAACUAGCCCGGAACGCGAUGUGCGGACACCUGGGAUUGACGGUGCGUGAGUUUCCACUGGUGAUUACCCGAUGGUCUAUUCUCAUCGCCACAAAAAGUACCCCAAGUGUCUCAUAAAAAUAAAAUGAGAGGAAUGAAAAAGCGAUACGCAAGAGAGAAACAAAAAUUUCACCACCAAAAUUUUCCAUCAAAGGACUGAAUAAAAUUUUAAUCAAUCGUUAAUCCGCCAAUGAAAAAUUGGCAAGAGAGAAAAAGAUAAAUAACGGCUAAGGUAAAAUUGCUAAUGCGCGGUAGCAGUUCGGAAUUACUGCUUGACGCGAGCAGCCAAUCAAAUAAUCAUAAAUACGAAGUACAGGAAAAAGAAUUACGUCGUCGCAAACUGUUGGAACUCGGUUUUGGCGCUUCGCGGCGCCGGCCGCCCCGGCGCACAUGCCGACAGCGGUUCAAUUUUUAUGCAACAUCAGCAUUAACUCUCAUUGCAACAUCAUGCGGUGCAGCAUUAUUAUUUUUAGUACCACUGUACGUUGAUCCAGCGAUAAGUACACUAGCUGCUGAUUUUUCACCCGAGCCAGUUCAAUGCACAACAGUCAGACGUGAGGACAUCGUGGGAAUAUUUAAUUGCACCUGGAGUUCAUGUCGCGAGGGUUGCACCAGUGAUGUGUACAGAUGCACUCAUAUUUACGUGACGUACACACCGUGGAGGAAUGACAGUGGAUGGGGAAAUGAAUCAUUUGUUGGAAGACAUCGGAUGGCGAACGGAGUGAUUCAAACCACCACCGAGACUCCAACACCCGGUGCGUCGGGCGAUGUCGAGGCGAUACUCAAGGUGAACAUCAAGGGCUGUGGUUAUCCACCAAUUGUCGAUUGUGAAAACUUUACACGUGAGCUUGGUUACGAGGGUGCCAAGUUUCCAUGUUAUUACAGUCGUGUUAAUGGUAGCAUAGUGAUGGCAAACUAUAAUCGUCAAGCUCAGCUCGAAACAAUACUGCACUUCCUCGCUGCGCCAUUCGUUGUAACACUAGCAACGAGUGUUGCACUUUGUGUUAUGCACUGUGACUGCAGAUGUGUAGCACCACCACCUCAUCAUUCACGAGGAAUGAGAAGAACCAGGAUGAACGAUUUAAGUGAUCACUCCAUAAGCAAUCGUGUGGAUCGAAGGGGUCAUCCUGUUCAUUGCGAAUGCGGUGAAGUGACAAGACCUUUAUGACGUCGGGAGGAAACGGCUGAGAGUACCUUAGCAACAUCUCAGUCGGAUCUCUAGGUGGCAUCAUCGAUUUAUAGUCAAAUCAUUUAUUUGUCAUGAAGAUAUUUGGGUGAUUGAUCCAAUCAAGACACUCAUUGUUUGAUUGAUUAUCGAAUUAGUCUUUGAGUUAUUCCGAUGGAGGGAAAAAGUUGAGGGGAAUUCAGUGGUUUGCGGCUGGCCGCUCGUUAAGCCCGUCUUCCACAUGAGCCCUUAAUUAAAAACUAAUGAAAACUAAUGAAAAACAACUUGACAACAAAUUGCCAGUCUGAUAAAAAGGGUGAUAUUUAUAAUAUAAUCGACAGAAUGAU